AUGAACGAAGUUGUAAAAUAUUCUCUGUUUCACGCAUUGCUGGGCACACUGGUGUGCAGUGCGGGAUGUGUCAUAAAUGACAUGCUUGACUGCGCGACCGCAAAGUGGGUACUCAGUUCAGUCCCAACUGCCUCUCUAGACACUGGAAUAGAACGUUCAAAGCGCCGACCAAUCGCGUCAGGAGCGAUCUCUAGGUCGGAGAUCUCAAUUCUUCUGGCUGUUCUCGUUGCUGCUAUCUUUUAUAUGUUUUUGACUGCUCUCAACGCAGUGCUUUGCUUGCAGCUAGGCCGCCCCAUUCACUCGGGUUGCAAUGACAGGCCAGUUCAAUUGCGACGUCAGCCUGACCAUCGAAAUUGCGUCGUGCUGCACAGGAAGGACGACGAAAUGGCGGGAGUCAAGUCCAUGGCACUGGGUAACAUUCAUGGUGCCAUAGCUGCAUGUGCUAAAUCUCAUACUCCAGGCGGGUCGCCAUGGCGUGAGGAUGGUCUGUGCUGGAAUAUCCCCUCUUCCAGUUCCACCUCUGUUCCACCUCCUCGAUCUCGGAAAUCUGCCAGUGGGUGUCUCAAGUUGGCCCGGACAUCAGCAACCACCAAAAUGCAAAAUGAGAUAAUCGAACUCAGUGAUUCGGACACUGAUACCAAUAGCAAAAGUGUUCGCCCAGUGAAGGAGUCCACAGAAAUAUCACGCCCUAAUUUCGAGAUAGCUACCCUCAAGGCAAAGUUGACAGCCCAAAGCAAGCUCGUCGCGGAACAGGGCAAGGAGUUAAAUAAACUCCGCAAAGAAAACAAGCAGUUCAAGAACGAACGAGACAUUCAGACUGCCGAAAUCACAGGCCUUCAAGACGAGUUGAAGAAUAUCUUGCGACAGCUCGAUGACGAAACGGUCAAAAAUCUCAAUUUCAAUAUGAUUAAGUUAAAUAGUUUGAAGUCGGAUGCUGUACCAAAUGGGACUGCCGUCGAAGCUAGAUGGCAUCAGGACAUUGACCAAGACAUGUCCGACAGCUUCGCAUCCAAUCUUCCUAUACCCGAAAACGGCCCUCCAAAUGCAGCGUCCUCGCAGCCCCAAACACCCAACGCUUCUGGAUCUGGUUUUACUGCCAUUAAACCAGAGCCGGAAGGCGCGAAGAUUGCAGUUGUUAUUAAGUCCGAGCUUGAACAUGAACCUGAUCUGAACAAUCUUGAACACCUUCAUCUUGGACCUCCAGUUAUCGUAGAGAAGGGGUUUCAAGUUGGAUUUAGGCGUUCUGUAAUCAGUAACGCUCUUGGUGGAAAUUGGCAAAGUACAUUCGUCAAUUGGCAAGGUCCGACUAGCAAAUCGAAUAGGUAUCCCUACAUGGCCCUCAAACGAUCUUGGAAUCCGCAUCUCCCGCUCGUUCCGGGAGAGCACGGUGUGGUAUUUAGUAGGGUGAGGCGUUUUGACGAUGACACGCUCAUUACUGGAUCAGUCGACGUUGUCAUAUCCGGCAAACCAAAUGAAUGGGUGUAUUUUGGUUCUUACGAGACCUUUCGGUCAGGUGAGAUCACACCUCACCAACUCCACCUGCUCCCUCCCCUGGUGGUGCGAACUUGGGUGGAGGGAACUCUGAAGUCCCAAUGGGGAAAGAACUGGGUCGAACGCACGAAUGCUGAGCUUGUAGACAAGGGAGGUGAAAUUCGCCUCGUCGAGCAUACGGCACACGGUCUUCGGGAGGCACUCAGUGAUGGAAGACUCGUAAUCGGCUUCACCGUCAUGAAAUGUGUUGGAUUCCGUACGGAGUGGUUCGACCAGUUCUUGCAUUACCAAGCGCAUCCGAAGCCGCCCACAACACAGAAAAGGAAGCAAGGGAGCUCGGGAGCCAAAAAACCCUCUGCAAAAAGGGUGAAAGGGGGCACGCGCCGCCAAGAGGUGUCAUCCGAAAGUGACAGUGACGAGGAAUCACAAGUCACACCGCCCGGCAGUGACGAAGACGAGUUUUCUGACGCGGAGGACGGAAUGAAAUCAGGCUUGGGUUCAGCCUCGCCGGGCGUGAGGAAGAGUACUCGCAUUUCCGUAAAAUCAACUGGAGCAGUAACUCCAAGUUCUAGUCAUCGGACCGUGUUGUCUCUAGCUUGA